AUGUUCAACCAUGAGAAAGAACUGGACAGUCAGACUGUUGGAGCCUUCAUUGUGACAGUCACAAUUCAGGGUCCAGGCAUAAGAAAUAUAUUUGGUGUCCAUCUCAGUGAAGAAAUAUAUUUUGGGUCCCGUAGUAUUCAUGGAGUUUGCAAGACUAAUAGUCAGUUGGAACAUGCUCCCACCCGGAUUCGUUCACGAAAUAUGGUAUACGAUGAUCCAGAAUGGCUCAGGACAUCAAUCGGCUUUUGGAACAUCUUAUGCUUCUGUGGAGUUUUCUAUGGCUCGCCAUUUGCUCGGGAUGAUGGUCGUCAUUUCGAGAGUCUGGAUGAUUGGAAUGCCUUCAAAGAAAACAAAGCAGAAAGCCAUUUCGUUGUCAAAUCUGCUUAUGGGUCUUUGCAAGGUGAUCGUGUUCCUGAAUACUGGGAAAAGAGACAUUUAUGGGAACCCCUGAUCAAUAAGAAGGAUCUGAGUCUCACCGAGGUCUAUCAGUUCUUGCCUCAGUCUUCAGUUGAUGGUGGAAGGUCUGAAAAAAACGAACGAACAAAGGGCAGCAACAAAGCAACUCCAAAGAAGGUGUUUGUCAAUAUAGGCUCUCUAACAGCCAUUCUCAUUAUAGGAGAUCUGGUCUAUGCAGGCAUAUUGCCCAUGCCUUCUCCUCUUGAAUGGGGUGAAUUUAUUGGAAAGGUGUCAAAGGGCGCGUUGGAUGCUAUAACCAUGCUUGGGCUAAUUGAUGAGGACACUACAGUGCCACAGGCAUUUGUGGAACUUGACAAGUUUGUCAACCGUGUGUUGACUGCAGAAGAAAAGGCUGCCAUGACAUAUGAUGUCUUGACUGGUGAACACGGUCUUUUAUUGUUACAAAUGUUACAAAAGGAUAUCCAUCUACAUCUAUGA